CACAAGCAUUAAGUUUGAUUAAAUGGAGAGAAUUACAAUUUCAAGUUCGUAUUGUUAUAUUUUAAAACUUGUCGAAGUCGCUGCAGGUAUGUGUAUCAGUGUUCAACCGUACUUUUUAUUAAAAAAGUUAUAAGCAAAAAAUGUUUUCAUGUAAAACGAAACAAUGCAGCGGUUAUAAUGUUGUGAUUAAAAACGUGAACGUUUCUAUCAAAAUAGUGGUUUAAUUGUUCAGUUUUAAAUAUUGUGAUUUUAUAAACAAUUUCAAUAAUCAAUGACGAUGAUCACCUCCGAAGAAGACAAAAACAUCACCAUUAAAAGUGAAACCAGUUGUCUAACACGAAGGAGAAAACCAGGAUCAUACAAAAUGGAUGUUUCCACAGAGAGCAUAAUUUUUGAAAAUCAUCGAUUUCUCAGUACAUUGUCUUUAGGAAAAAGAAAAAUUACGGAAGAUGUGCCCCUUGGUACCCACGGCAUCUUUCGUCAAAAGCCUCCAACAUUUGAACACAGCUUAUCACUGAGUGGAUAUGCACGAGCAGCACGGCAAUCAAUCGGUAAUAUAGGAAACAUAUUGUCGAGAAAGAUGGCGGCGACUACGUCUCAACCGUCAGUUCCUUGGCCAAAUUCCAAGGAUGAUUAUGAAUUAGGCAAAGUAAUCGGUGUAGGUGCUACUGCUGUUGUCCAUGGGGCAUUUUGUAAACCCAGGAAUGAAAAAUGUGCCAUUAAAAGGAUCAACUUGGAAAAAUGGAACACUUCCAUGGAUGAAUUGCUCAAAGAAAUUCAAGCAAUGUCUAGUUGCAAUCAUGAAAAUGUGGUUACUUACUAUACAAGUUUUGUUGUAAGAGAAGAAUUAUGGCUUGUUUUAAGAUUACUAGAAGGAGGAAGUUUAUUAGAUAUAAUAAAACACAAAAUGCGAGUAGCAAAUUGUAAACACGGAGUAUUUGAUGAAUCGACUAUUGCUACUGUAUUAAGAGAAGUUUUAAAAGGACUCGAAUACUUCCAUAGUAAUGGCCAAAUUCACAGAGAUAUUAAAGCCGGCAAUAUCUUACUCGGUGAAGAUGGUACCGUCCAAAUUGCAGAUUUUGGUGUGUCUGCCUGGUUAGCGACUGGUAGAGAUCUUUCUCGACAAAAAGUUAGGCACACGUUUGUAGGAACACCGUGCUGGAUGGCACCCGAAGUAAUGGAGCAGGAUCACGGAUACGACUUCAAAGCAGACAUAUGGUCAUUUGGAAUCACUGCUAUUGAAAUGGCAACAGGUACCGCUCCAUAUCACAAAUAUCCUCCAAUGAAGGUACUUAUGCUUACACUACAAAACGAUCCGCCAAACUUAGACACUGGAGCAGAAGAAAAAGAUCAGUACAAGGCUUAUGGGAAAACCUUUAGAAAAAUGAUAACAGACUGUCUUCAAAAAGAAGCUUCCAAAAGACCCACUGCUUCUGAACUAUUAAAACAUCCAUUUUUUAAAAAAGCAAAAGAUAAGAAAUAUUUACAACAGACACUUGUAGCCAUUGGACCUAGUUUAGAAACUAGAGUGCAAAAGGCAUCAAAAAGGCAACCAGGGGCCUCUGGAAGACUCCAUAGGAAAGAAACGGGUGAGUGGGUGUGGUCAAGUGAGGAUGAAGGGGAAGAAGGAGCUUCAAGUGAAAGUGACACAGAUUCUAAACCUAUGAAUACAUUGGCUUCAGCUGGAUCAUCAGGAUCAGAUCAUGAAAGUAGCGAAGGCGAUCCACCACCCGUUAAUUUAGUUUUACGUAUGAGGAAUGCCAAACGGGAAUUGAAUGACAUCAGGUUUGAAUUCGCGGUAGGUAAGGAUUCAGCCGAAGGUAUUGCUGGUGAACUAGUUGGAGCUGGGUUGGUUGAUGGCAAAGAUAUUGACGUAAUCACUCAAAAUCUUCAAAAACUCAUUGAUUCUAGGGAUAUGAUAAAAGUUGUAACGUUUCCGUUGAAUUCAGGACUAAACAAUAAUGAAACUCCGGAUGAUAAAGCAUUAAUAGGAUUUGCACAAAUAUCAAUAACUGACUGAAAUAAACUAGAAAGCAAACUCCCGUUGUGUCCCCUGGAAUCUACUGAUCAAAUUGUAUAUAGAUUAGGUAGGUUUUAUAAAUUAACUCUAAUUUUAUGCGCUACCAAAACGGUUUCUAAUGUUUCCUUUUCACGUCAUUUUUAUACAGCCAUUUUUAUUGUUCAUUUUUUUAUUUAUUUUUGAAAAAUUUUAUUGUGAUCAAUAGAUUUCAAGCAUUUGUACUUAAUAGUCUUACAUAGUACCAGAUUAUUUGCAGCUAUGUCAUUAAUUGUUACAAUUUUAAGGUUUAUUACUAUAGUUUAUUCCAACUGUCAUGCUUACAAAGAUUUUUAUUGAACUGUUAGAUUUUAAGAAAACCAUAUUGCCUUUUUUAGAAGACUAGAAGUUUAACUGAUUGGUUCUGCUUCAUACUAAAAUAUCCAUUGUUAUAAUGUUAAAAAAGGCCUAAAAGCAGGGCAAGCCAAUGUAUCAUUGCGUGAUCAGUAUCAUAAUCUUUAUGUGGGGUUGGUAACCUUUGUAAAUAGAUUAUUUAUUUAUUCCAUAAUAAUUGUAAAUGCAAUAUGAAACAGUGAACAAAAAAAAAACAGUUGAGUACUUA